AGGAUAAUCUUCGAACAAUGGCCGAUGACACCCCAAUUAUUGAGGAAAUCGCCGAGCAAAAUGAGAGCGUCACAAGGAUCAUGCAACGUCUCAAACAUGACAUGCAAAGAGUCACUUCAGUGCCGGGAUUCAACACAAGCGCCGCAGGUGUCAACGAUUUGAUCGACAUUCUGAACCAGUAUAAGAAGGAGCUUGAGGAUGAUGCAGCCAACGACUACACUGAAGCGCACAUCCACAAAAUUCGAUUGGUCACAGGCAAACGGAAUCAAUAUGUCUUGAAGUUGAAGCAAGCCGAAGACGAAUAUCACGCGCGAAAAGAGCAAGCUCGGAGAAGAGCUUCGUCUAUGGAUUUCACGGUCGGCAGAAAUUCCACGAAUCUUGUCGAUUACUCCCACGGCCGUCAUCAUAUGCCCUCAUACCGUCGACACGAUAGCUCCGACGAAGAAAACUAUUCUAUGGAUGGAACAAAUGGCGAUGGAAAUAGAGCUGGCCCAUCGAACCCCGAUCGUGGUAAUAGAACUGGCCCAUCGAGCUCCGAUCGCGUGCGGAUGAGAGCCGGAAGGAACAGAGUCACCAAAACGAGACGUUAUAGACCGGGCCAGAAGGCAUUGGAAGAGAUCCGCAAGUACCAAAAAACUGAAGACCUUCUGAUUCAAAAGGCUCCGUUCGCACGCCUCGUCCGCGAAAUUAUGCAGACUUCCACUCCAUUUGGCGCCGACUGCCGUAUUCGUUCUGACGCCAUCAGUGCUCUUCAAGAAGCGGCGGAAGCAUUUUUGGUCGAAAUGUUCGAAGGAUCGUCUCUUAUAUCCACCCAUGCGAAACGUGUCACACUCAUGACAACGGAUAUUCAGUUAUACAGACGUCUCUGCCUUCGACAUCUCUGAUAACAAUAUUUGCAAUACUCAUUUUUCGAUCUUCAAGCCAUAUUUAUCUCAUCAAUUUUAGCGCUGUUUGAUCUUUUGUGUACCGUGAACACGUUUACUAUUUGUCAAAUAAUAAAGAUUCAUUACUUGU